AUGACGAAAAGCAAAGUCGUUCAGAAUACUCUUGUACAAGAACCUAUUGCCGAUGAAGAGAUACAUGAUGACCGGAAUAUCUCAAGCUCACCUCUUCAGCCAGCAACCUUCAAGGGACGUCUCCAAAUGAGUGACUUCAUGUUCAAGUCAACUGAUCCUACAGUUAAGGGAGAAACCUCCCCUAUACGAAGAUCACCAAGGUUCAAGCCCUCAACAUCUUCUGCCUCAGUAGCACCGACACAAGUCACUGUAACAAAGAAGACCAAGCGAAGAAAUACGGAGGAUAAAGAGAAUGAAGUUACGCCAAAGAAGAAACGAGCGCGUCCUAGUUCUGGAUACGCGCCACCUUCAACAUACGCCCAUUUGUCAGGUCUACCCGACGCCAUCACCGACAACCUUCUUGUUUUGUUUAUCGGCCUAAAUCCAGGAAUACAGACAGCCAGGACUGGACAUGCUUACGCUCAUCCAUCAAAUCUAUUUUGGAAACUUCUCUAUUCAAGUGGUCUCACUCCGCGUCUCUGCAGCCCGACCGAGGAUCGUCAGCUCCCCGAGAUGUACUCAAUGGGCUUCACAAACAUUGUCGCCCGACCAAGCCGCAACGGAUCUGAGCUCAGCAAGCAAGAAAUGGACGAAGGUGUUGAGAUUCUUCACGAAAAGUGUCGCAAGUACCGCCCCGAGACUGUAUGUGUCGUGGGGAAAAGUAUCUGGGAAAGCAUUUGGCGCGUGAGGCACGGCAAACCUGUUGGCAAAGCCUUCAAGUAUGGCUGGCAGGAUGAGUCGGAGAAUAUGGGCGUCAUCGAAGGCGAAUGGGAGGGAUCUAAAGUGUUUGUGUCUAGUAGUACAAGUGGUCUAGCUGCCACGUUAUCACCGGCUGAGAAAGAACGGAUAUGGGCAGAAAUUGGAUCAUGGGCCAAGAAACGGAGAGUAGAAAGGGAGCUUGAGGCAAAAGGCAACAAAGCAUAG